AUGGCUACCAAAUGCAGUUUCAUGGUUACCACGCUCAUGCUCAUGGUGGCUUCUUCCAUGGUGACAGCUCGACCUCUCAUGAAACCAUCUAUGAGCUCGUCUUCUCCUCCCACAAGCCUUGCGUACAGGCUCAGGCUUGAUGAAGAUACAGGUUACUGCUGGGACUCACUGAUGCAGCUCCAACACUGCUCUGGAGAGCUGAUCCUGUUCUUCCUCAAUGGUGAGACUUACAUUGGCCCUGGGUGUUGCAGUGCUAUAAAAACCGUUGGACGCAAGUGUUGGCCUACUAUGAUUGGUGUUCUUGGGUUUACUGCUCAAGAAGGUGACAUGCUUCAAGGUUACUGUGAUGGCCAUGACUCUGACAACAAUGGUGAGGACCCUGCUCUUGCCUCCUCACCACUGCCUCUGUCCGUGAAUUACAAGCCUAGGGUUGUUAGAUCCUUUUCCAACCCUUGA